CAUCCCCAAUUCGGAGAAUUUAGAUCUCUAGUAUCCCCAGCGCCUCCACUUGUCAGAUUUAUAAUUCAUAGGUCUUGGAACUAGAUAAAGCUCCCCUCUUUCCUCUCUACAAUAAAAUUAAUCCCUCCCAUACACUCACAAAUACACUCACACAUAGUUCUUCGGCACCAAAAACAACAAUGAAAGCAAUCCAAAUCCACGCCUACAACGAACCCUACAAAGUCCACAAUGACAUCCCAAUCCCAUCCCCAAAACCCCACCAAGUCCUCGUUCACAUCAAAGCUGCAGGUUUCUGCCACACAGACCUGAUGGCGCUGAACGGCGAGUUCGGCACAAAACUCCCAUUUAUCGGGUCUCAUGAGCCGGCGGGGGUUGUUGUGGACGUUGGAAAGGAUGUGGAAGGGUUUGGGAAGGGGGAUCGUGUCGGGUGUAUUAAUUUUGAUAGUGUUUGUGGGAAGUGUCCAGACUGCAAAGCUGGUCUGCCUAUAUACUGCGAUAACCCGUUGAUGAAAGGUAUAACGACUGAUGGUGCUUGGGCGGAGUAUAUGGUUGCCGACGCCCGUUUUAUGGUCAAAAUCCCAGAUGACAUGGACUUCAAAAUUGCGGCUCCGCUGAUGUGCGCGGGAAUCAGUAUCUACGGUGGUAUUGUACGCGCAGAGGUGCCCAAGGGCGGGUCGAUUGGUAUUGUGGGAGUUGGCGGAUUGGGCCACAUUGGGACGCAAGUUGCUAAAUGCAUGGGCUACAAAGUCGCAGCAAUCGACGCCAAAAAACCCGCCCUCCAUUCCGUAGCAUCCUAUACCCACAAACCGGACGCUCUAAUCCUCUCUAGCGAUCCAGUCGAAAUCUCGCUCUCAGAAAUCAACAAGGUCACCACCAACGAAUACGGCUACCCGGGUCUCGAUGCCACAGUCCUCGCAACAGACCACCCCGCCGCAUUUGAAAUGGCCGCAGCGCUUACCCGCAAACACGGGACGAUGGUGCUACUCGGACAGCCUGAGAAAGGGAUUGCGAUGUCGUAUCUCACUACAAUCUAUAAGGAUAUUAAGUUGGUGGGAUCUUUGGUUGCGGAUACGAAGCAGGCAGAGGAAUUAGUGAAAUUGGUGCAUAAAAAUGGGUUACACGUUGAUGUCAAAGAGUGGAAGAUGGGAGAGGCCGAGGAGAUGAGACAGGCGUAUUUGAAGGGGACGACGAGUGGGAAGAAUGUUAUAGUUAUUGACUAGCUGCCUCAUUUCUGGUUCAGUGAUGCGUAUUGAAUUACAGCGGAAGUCUCACGGCCGAUUUGAACUAAAAAAAAAAAUAUUAGCCACUGUUCCGCAUCUCAGAGAAAAAGACGUACCGGGAUAAUCUG